AUGGAGAGGUGCGGCAGCUGGUCGGAGUCGGACGCGGCGGCGCAGGCGGCCGCGCAGAAGGCGGUGCCGGCGCCGUUCCUCACCAAGACGUACCAGCUGGUGGACGACCCCGCCACCGACCACAUCGUGUCCUGGGGCGACGACCGCGUGUCCACCUUCGUCGUGUGGCGCCCGCCGGAGUUCGCGCGCGACAUCCUCCCCAACUACUUCAAGCACAACAACUUCUCCUCCUUCGUCCGCCAGCUCAACACCUACGGGUUCCGGAAGGUGGUGCCGGAGCGGUGGGAGUUCGCCAACGAGUUCUUCCGCAAGGGGGAGAAGCAGCUGCUCUGCGAGAUCCACCGCCGCAAGACGUCCGGGUCCGCGACGUCGUCGUCGCCGCCGCCCUUCUUCGGGUCCCCGCACUUCCCGAUGUUCCACCCCGGCGUCUCCGUGGCGCACCACCACCACCAGCAGUUCGUGGGCGACGACGGGGCAAUGGCUGGCAUGGGCGGCGUGCCGUUCAUGCAGCCGCAUUGGCGGGAGCAGAGGGCGCCGCCGCCGCUGCUUGCUCUGGGCGGCCCUGCCGCUCCCUCGCCGUCGCAGGAGGGGCGCGCGGUCGGCGCGGCGGCGCUGAUGGACGAGAACGAGCGGCUGCGUCGCAGCAACUCGGCGCUGCUGCAGGAGCUGGGCCACAUGCGGAAGCUGUACAACGACAUCAUCUACUUCGUGCAGAACCACGUGCGACCCGUGGCGCCCAGCCCCGCCGCGGCCACCUUCAUGCAGGGCCUCGGCGUGCAGCCCUACCGCAAGCCGGCGCCGGUCGUCGCGGGCAGCAACAACAACAACAACAACAACGCGUCCGGCGGGAGCACGACGUCCAGCAGCUCGCUGACCAUCGCGGACGAGCUGUCACCUCCGCCCAACCACCUCGCCGCGGUGGAGAAGAGCAGCGGCGGGGAGGCCGGCAGCAGCAGCGCGGCCCGGUCGUCGGCGCCCACCAAGCUCUUCGGCGUGCACCUCACCACCGGUUCCGGCGCGGGCAGCAAGAGACCGCCUUCGCCCUCGGAGGAUCUCCCGUCCACGUCCCCCGCCACCAAGGCCCGGCUGGCGGCGCAGGAGAGCGACGGGCUCAGCCUGUCGGUGGCGCCGCCGUGCGCCGCCUCGUCUCCAGCUAGGAGCUAG